AGAACUAACUAAAAAAAUCAACAAUAUAGGGUCAAAGUUCAGGAUCAGCCGACUUGUCAAUCCCGAUUGUGCUGCCCUCUCUUUUCCAGUUUCCCUAAGAUGGCUGUAGGCAAGAAUAAGCGCCUUACAAAAGGCGGUAAAAAGGGUGGCAAGAAGAAGAUUGUGGACCCGUUUUCCAAAAAGGACUGGUAUGAUGUCAAAGCCCCAGCUAUGUUUAAACAACGCCAGAUUGGCAAGACCCUGGUUUCUCGAACCAUUGGCACGAAAAUUGCAUCAGAUGGUUUGAAGGGACGAGUGUUCGAAUGUAACCAGGCCGAUCUUCAUGGGGAUGAAUCAACAUACAGAAAGAUGCGUUUAAUUGUUGAAGAAGUGCAAGGCAAGCAUUGUCUCACAAACUUCCACGGAAUGGUUUUGACAAGAGACAAGCUUUGUUCAAUGGUGAAGAAAUGGCAAACCCUCAUUGAAGCAAAUAUUGAUCUUACAACAACUGAUGGAUACAAAGUACGUCUGUUUUGCAUUGGAUUCACUCACAAACGUAACAAUCAAAUCAAGAAAACUUCUUAUGCUCAACACCAGCAGAUCCGAAACAUCAGGAGGAAAAUGAUUGAAAUCAUGACUCGUGAAGUUUCAGCUUCUGAUCUUCGUGAAUUUGUGAACAAACUCAUUCCAGAUUCUAUUGCAAAAGAUAUUGAGAAGGCCUGUCAGGGAAUCUACCCUCUUCAUGAUGUUCACAUUCGAAAAGUGAAAAUUUUGAAAAAACCCAAAUUUGACAUUGGUCGUCUGAUGGAAUUGCAUGGCGAGGGUAAAGGUGCAAAAUCAACUGUAGGAGAGGACGGUGAUGCUGGUUCAAAGGUCACUCGCGUUGGCGACGGAUUCGAACCUCCCGUUCAAGAAUCCGUUUGAUUUUUCUCUGCCAACCAAAUAAAAAUACAAAAUCUCUAAAUUUUCGUCA